GUUUCGUUUAUUUUGUUUUUCUUCUUAAAGACAACCUUGUAGGUGUUAUAGCUUCUUUCUAACACUAUGCCUGUAUCCCGUCUAAGUAAUCCACAUGUUUUUCUUUUUCCUUAAAACAUUGACGGUGGACCGACUCUGUCAGGACUACUUCGUAGCAGAGGAAUGAGAUUUGUGCGACUUUAAAGUGGAUCAGUGUUUUGUAAGGGUCGUCUUUUUUCUCCCAGUACGCCUGCCUAUUAUUAGCUCUGGAGGCCUUGUAGUAAGUAAGUGGAAGUGGCUCCAUGACGGUCAGAGCUGCAGCUCUGCAACCGACACCGGCGCACGUCAGAGCAACAUUCAGGCUCCUAGCACCUCAUUUCCCUUUAUUGCAUUUAUCCAGGGGGGCUUUUGAACAAAACAUCAGAGCUCGGUCCGCUUUUUUCCAAGCCUCGUUUCACCUUGCCCUGAAAAUGAAGCUGAAUACGAGCAGCCGUCAGGUGCGAGCAGCAUCCGAUGGAGCCGUGCUUUCCGACUCGCUCAACGACCAAACUAAUGCAGCACUUCCUUUUGUUGCGGUCCCAGUUGACAGACACUGAUAUGGACUAUGAGAGGCCAAACGUUGAAACUAUCAAGUGCGUGGUGGUGGGAGACAAUGCAGUCGGAAAGACCCGCCUUAUCUGCGCCCGGGCCUGCAAUGCCACACUCACUCAGUACCAGUUACUUGCUACACAUGUGCCCACAGUUUGGGCAAUUGAUCAGUACAGAGUAUGCCAAGAGGUAUUAGAGCGCUCCAGAGAUGUAGUGGAUGAUGUAAGUGUGUCUCUUCGGCUAUGGGAUACUUUUGGAGAUCAUCAUAAGGACCGGCGUUUUGCCUAUGGCAGGUCUGAUGUUGUGGUACUGUGCUUCUCCAUCGCCAACCCCAACUCUCUGUACCACGUAAAGACCAUGUGGUACCCUGAAAUCAAGCACUUCUGUCCCCGGGCUCCUGUCAUCUUGGUAGGCUGUCAGCUGGACCUGCGCUAUGCAGAUUUGGAGGCAGUUAACAGGGCCCGGAGGCCUUUAGCCAGACCUAUAAAAUCCAAUGAGAUUCUUCCACCAGAAAGAGGCCGGGAGGUGGCCAAAGAGUUGGGUGUCCCGUAUUAUGAAACCAGUGUUGUUGCUCAGUUUGGUGUCAAAGACGUCUUUGACAAUGCUAUCCGAGCUGCUCUCAUUUCUCGCCGCCAUUUGCAGUUUUGGAAAUCUCAUCUCAGAAAUGUCCAGCGGUCUCUGCUCCAAGCGCCCUUUUUGCCGCCGAAACCUCCCCCACCUAUUAUCACUGUGCCACCUCCCCCCUCCACAACAGAAGAGCACCCAGCUGGUCUUCUGGAGGACCCACACUGUGCUGAUGUUAUCCUGGUCUUACAGGAGCGACAGAAAAUCUUUGCACACAAGAUUUAUUUGGCCACAUCCUCCUCAAAGUUUUAUGACCUCUUUAGUAUGGACACACAAAAUGAGGAAACUGAAAGGCCUCCUCGUGGCCCUCUCUCCGGCAGAGAGCUGCUGAUGCGUGCUGCUAGCUUUGAUGUUUGUGAGAGCACCGAUGAUGGAGACAGGGCUAACUUGAGGGCAUGCACUAGUGAUGGGACGUUGAAGGUCUCUGAGGGGGCCCGGCGGGGCAGGCUGCUCUCCUCAUGGAGUCGAGCCUUCAUCAGCAUUCAGGAGGAGCUGGUGGACGACCCUGUGACGUACACCCCCAGAUUCAUGACUGUAGUACACAUGGACCAGUCAAUCCAGCUUGGCUCUUUUCGAGCAGUGCUUCGCUACCUGUACACCGGUCAGCUGGAUGAGAAUGAGAAAGAACUUAUGCAGAUUGCACACAUUGCUGAGCUUCUGGAGGUCUUUGAUCUGCGGAUGAUGGUGGCAAACAUACUCAACAACGAAGCCUUCAUGAACCAGGAAAUCACCAAAGCCUUCCAUGUACGCCGCACAAACAGAGUGAAAGAGUGCUUGGCUAAAGGCGCAUUUUCUGAUGUGAUAUUCAAGCUGGAUGAUGGGACGAUCAUGGCUCACAAGCCUUUGCUCAUCUCUAGUUGUGACUGGAUGGCAGCUAUGUUUGGUGGACCUUUUGUUGAGAGCUGCACCAAAGAGGUGCUGCUUCCCAACACAACCCGUAGCUGCAUAAGGGCUGUGCUGGAAUAUCUUUACAUGGGUAGGUUUUGCUCUCGGCCUGACUUGGAUGCAAUGGAGCUCAUUGUUCUUGCCAAUCGUCUUUGCCUUCCCCACCUGGUGGCUCUCACAGAACUCUACACAGUAACAGUGUUGACAGAGUCGGCGAUGAUGGGGACGGAUAUUGAUGGUGAUGUGCUGAUGUACCUGGAUAUGGCCCAGUUCCAUGGAGCCCAGCAGCUAACUGGAUGGUGUCUGCACCACAUUUGCACCAAUUACAACAGUGUCUGCCGCAAGUUUCCCCGUGAAAUGAAAGCCAAGUCCACAGAGAAUCAAGAAUACUUUGAGAAACAUCGCUGGCCACCAGUUUGGUACUUAAAGGAAGAUGACCACUACCAAAGAGCACGCAAAGAGCGUGAAAAAGAGGACUACCUGUACCAGAGACGACAGUGUAAACGCAAGUGGCUCUUCUGGAACAUUCCUUCCUCCCCUAACUCAAACUCAUCCUCUGGAUCAUCUGCCGUCAUUUGACCAGGUGGUAAGGGCCGGGUCCACUCUGGAGUGCAUUUGUGUGUUUGCAAGUUGUAAAUGAUACAAUAGAAGAUAAGCACUGAUAGCUUAGUAUACCCCAAACAUUCAGGCAGACUGUUUCUCCUCCUGCCUGUGUGGGCACUCCAGGUUUGCUAAGUCAGCUCCGAGUCGUGAUAAAAAUUAAGGUUUUAUUCCUUACAAUUUCAGCUCUGUACACGUAAAAUUCAAACCUCAGUGAUUUAAACUAUUUUGACAUAUGGCACAGUGUAACAAGUGCAAAUAUCAGAUCUUGUGGGUUGUUAUAUAUUGGAGUUUUAAGCUUAAGUAAUACAACUCCACUGAGGCAGAACUUUCCACCUGUGGUUAUAACUAUUAUCGAUAACUUGAGCUGACAACUAAGUGCUGCUUACCAGCUGUGACAACCAGCAAUUCAACACUUUAUUAUUAAUUAAGUCUCAGAGAUAUAACACUUUGACCUUAAGUGUUUGUACAAUCUGCCAAACUGUACGUUGAUUAUGAUUUCACAAACAGGAUGUAACAAACACACGGCCUGCCUGGAAAGAGAAAACUGAAGUCAUUCAUUCUGGAAAUGUUUAUUACAAACAUUGUAAAAAACAACACUUCUAUUCCAGUUAUUUUUGUAUGUUUAUUCAACUUUGCAGAAUUUGUACAGUAAGCUUGCACAGCUUAAACUGGUAUCUCUUGACACACUUACCACUUACAUAUCGUGAUCUUUUGGUCUGUGGCUUUUUGUCACAAAAGGGCUUAAGUUCCCAUGAAUGCAUUCAAAGUCCUCUGACACAAAGGAUUCCUGAUCAAGAUGUUUUUUUCUUUGAAUUGCCCCGGAAUGCAGACAUCACCACUACUAUUCUAAAUCAGUUGCUCAAGGUGGGUUAAUAGCACACAUGUUAAACUAUGUUAGACAUUUGCAUUAAACAGUUCUAUCAUUUUGACUGCUUUCAUCCUAAAAAUCAAAAUAUAAUGUAUUUAUUUUGAGAGCUGAAGUGAUUGUAUGGUCAUAACUAUUCCUUUAUUACUGUAUUUGUCUCUGGUGGUAACUUGGCUUGAAGAGAUUUUUCUUAUUGAAGUUGAGGGGGGGGGCGGGCUUAUAACUAACCGAUAUAAUCCCUAUUCUUCACAUCACCACAAACACUUUCUGGACUUCAGAGACACACACAUGAACUUCCAGUGGCAGCAUUACACUAUAUUGUGCUAUGUCAAGAGGGACAGGAGAGGAGAUAAGUCCAAGACAUUUAAAGUGUGUCCAUUGCUUUUGUGAAUAUCAAAUCAUCUUUGUGGAUUGUUUUGCACACCUCACCGUAUCACAUAUUGAAGAUUGUCAUCUACUGUUGCUCUUGAUUGUACGGUGGGCUGCAGAAUGAUUCAGAUUUGUAGGCAUGCUGCUCAGAGGACAAGUAGUAUUGUAAAUUGUAUUAAAUAUCAGAUAAACUAAAUAAUGUGCUACUGUUACCUAAUAUUGUACACUGCUGGCAGUGAGUAAAAUCUUACAGUAUUAUUGAAAAUGGACUGAUCAAAAUUGUAUUUAGUUUCUGUGCAGCUACUGUUGUUGAAAAAAACUGAACACUUAUUUUGCUGACUUCAAGCUACAUCUGUUACAUACUUUAGUGUACAGGCACAUUAUAGGCAGGUGAAUUUAACAAUGAAUUACGUGUAAAAUAGAGUUUCAAAGUAAAGUAGAAAUAUGCAUAUAUAAAUUAUAUCAUAAAUGUGUAUGGUACAUCCAUAAACCAUGCUGUUGUUAUAUAAAAACAGAUUUCUCAUUGCAGAAUUAGAUUUUUUAGGGUAAAUUUUAAAAAGCUUUCUUUAAUAUUGUACAAAUUUUUUUUUUUUUUCGGGGGGUUUUUUUGGGUUUUGUGUUUGACCAGGCAUGCAGGAUCUUGCAAAAGUAUUCAUACCCCUUUAACCUUUUCACAUGUUGUAACAUUACAACAAAUUGUAAAACUUUCUAUUGGUAUUUAAUGUGAUAGGCCACCAUGUGCAUAAUUUUGAAGUGGAAAGAAACUGUCAAUUUGUUUUACAAUUAAAAUUUUUAAACAUGUGAUGUGCAUUUGUAUUUAGUCCCCCCUAAGUUAGCACUUUGUAUAACCACCUUCAGCUCCUGUUACAACUGCAGGUUUUUAGACUAGUUGUCUCAAAGCUUUGCAAAUUUAAAAACAGAAUUUUUUGCCAUGCUAACACAUACAUUUGCUAUGAUCUUAACUAUUCUAUUGUAGCUAUGGUGGUAAGUUUAGGGUUGUUGUCCUGGAAGGUGUUCCACCUUUUUGCAGUCUCAAACAGGUUUUCUUUUAGGAUUGCCCUGCAUUUAACUGCAUCCAUCUUCUCAGCUUUCCUGUCCCUGAUGAAGAAAAACAUCUCCACAGCUUGAUGCUGUCCCCAUCAUCUUUUACUGAGGGGAUGGUAUGUUCAGGAAGAUGUACAGUGUUAGAUUUCCACCACACAUAGCAUUGUGGUGGAACACAUUGGUCAAAUUGAAUUCAAACUGAACCAGAGCAAAUUGUAAACAAGACUUCCUAUGUCUUUCUUCGUGCCAGUCUUCCAUAAAAGUCAGAUUAGUGCAUUACUAAUAGUUUUCCUGUCAACGGAUGCUCCCACUUGAGUUGUGGACCUCCUCAGCUCCUGCAGAGUUAUCAUUUGCCUCUUGGCUGCUUCUCUGAUUAAUGCCCUCCUUUCAGUUUGUCUACCAUGUUCUGGUAGGUGUGUAGUUGGGCCACACUGUUUCCAUUUUUAGAUGUCUUGAACAGCGCUCUGUAAGGUGAUCGAGUUUAUAGCUCUGUUUUAAACUCUUUAAAAAUUUCUCCCAGACGUGUCUGCUGUGUUCCUUGGUCUUAAUUAUACUGUUUGUUCACUAAUGUUCUCUUACAAUUCUCUGAAGCCUUCACAGAAGAGCUGGGUUUAUACCGAGAUUGGAUUGGAUUUCGAUAGCAACUGUUUGCACUCUGUUUGUCUGUCAACAAAACUGUUAAUAUAAUUUUCUGAAACUUAUGGUUUCAAUUUAAAGAAAUCGGAAACGUUAACGAGGUAUGAAUACUUUUCAAGGCACUGUAUAUUUAGAUCCCCACAAAAAAACCAAAUAAAAUAAUGUCUCUUUAUUCACUUGGUAAUAAAACCUUGAUUGUGUGUAUCACUGACCUUAUAAAUAAACACCAUAAACACAUUGUCAAAAUAGAAUGUUUGAUACCUUUUAAAAUGUAAGAUUUAGUUGGCUGGUGCUCUAAGCAGCAACUUUAUAUAAUUUUUAAGUAAAUGUUGCUAAUGCUAAUUUAAAAUAGCUCUUUGCAUUUUUAUUAAUCUAAAAAUAUGUUUGGCACAGAUUCUUUAUUAGAAACAUUGUAGAGCAAAAACUAUAGUAAUUCUGAAUGCUCUCAGUAUAUUUGAAUUAUAUUUAAUAGGUUAACUGCUGGAAGGUCUACAAUUGUAUAUGAUUUGCCUUUAGAGUGUAGCUGCUAAUUUUCAUAGACAUACAUUUGUGCAUUGCAUUUCUCAGUGAUUAUUCUGUUGAUGUUUUGCAUCAACAACACCUCAUGCCUUAAUGUACAGUGAACUGUAGAGUAUGGUAUCAAAUGUAAAGCAAUGUAAAUGUGGUCACCAACUUGUUUGCUGUAUCUUAAGCUGCCUGCUGCUCUCUUGUGUCUAUCAAUUUGCUUGAAGUUUGAUUAGUUUGCUUUAAAUAUUGCUGUAUUAAAAACAUAUAUAUAAAUCUACUUAAAAACUUUGCUUACCAAGGCCAGACUACAAUAAUGACAAAUCACCAAAUCGUGACAGUGACCAUGAAAUGAAUGCAGGGAUUUCACAUUCAUUUCAUAGUUUUAAAGUUUCCUUAAAAAGCUCCUAUUUCACUACAUUGGUACAAAAUGUUAAAACAAUAUGCAGACAGUAAUUGAAAUAUAUAAAUAUCCGUUCUGCAAUUCAAAUUUUGCACAGCGUAAUUUAGUGCAGCUUAAAGCAGUCCCUGUUUUAUACUAUGCAUAAUAAAAUGCAAACUUGUACUGCUUUGUAGCAACAGGUUUUCUUAAAAUUGCAACAUCAUUAUGUAUAUGAGCAUCAGGUAAUAAAAAGAUUAGAUUAAGAAAUUACAAAGAGGCUGUCACCGGGGCCCUAUAUGUUUGGGUGCUAUAUUACAGUUACAGAGAAGCACAAACCAAAGGGAGCUUUAGCAGCACCAGAAAUAUGUAGUAUAUGCUGCACAAUCACUACUGCAUAGUUUUUGAGGCCCUCUUUCAGAAAUGGUACAAGGACAAAUUAGAAACAAGAAGCGAAAAUAAAAAUACAUCAACAUAUAUGAAUGUUUUCCUCAGUGUUUGAAGCCUGGAUGGCAUUUUAUGUGAUCUCCAGGUGAAUAUUAGCUGUCAAGAGCUGUUUUUAUGGUUUAUAAACUGUAAUCUAAAAAUAAUCUGUAGCAUGUGUCCUUGAAAGAGUGUAUAUAAUAUUUAAAUAAACAAAGACCUACAUGUGCACAUGUUCAGUGCGGACA